AUGCUUGGUGGCAACAAGGAUAAGGUGAAAUUCGUCCCUAUCAGAGAAGUGAAGUCUGAGGAGGAUUAUACGUUGGUCAAGGAUAUUAAGCAAUUGGAAUGGUUUGUCAAGUCUCAGGGGCAGGCAUUGAAGAGUAACGGGUUCUUUAAGGCUGUGAAGAAGUCAGUUGAAACUAGGGCGGAAACACAAACUUUGUACUUUACUGAUUUACAAAGUGGUAGAUGUGGUUUUGUGCAGUUGUUGUACUCCAGUGUUAUGGGAGGCGUCUACAAGGGUUUUCAGCUGAAUUUUAAGGUAUUCCGUAGUCGUGAGGGUGAUAAAGAGGACAUUGACAUAUGGGAGAGUUUCAAGGUGGAGGAUAUAGAGUAUUUUGAGCCUCUGAGAGUGGCUUCCAAGGAGGUUUCCUUCGAAUUCAAGAGCGCUCCGCAUGAUGACGAAUUGGUAGCGACACUGGUGAUCAAGGUCGACAUCCCAAAACGUUCCAAGGGCUCAAGCGGUGUAAAACUUGACCUUAUGGUGGAUCUCUUCGAGGGCUUUAUGAUUAAACCUGACGGAUGUAGCUACUAUCUCGAGAAGGGCGUCACUGAGGAUGAGCUUAGAGAGCAACAGGACAAGCUGCAGUCAAAGAAAAUGCUGAGGCAUCUCUUUGUGCCCAGGGCUAAAUGUCACGGUACGAUAUCUUACGAGACAAAGACCGGCCACAAGGUUACCUUCGACUUGGUUGAUGUGCCAGGUCUGUACAUUGAUGCAGUGCAAGGUCUAGCUCCACAGAAGGCCGCCUGUAGAUGGAACUUUCUGUGUUACCAGGAUCGUGUAAGUUCUUUGCUAUGUAUGGAGUUUACCACCAGCGAGGAUCAUAAACACACCAAAGUGACCGUUUGGUGCCAUACAGAGCAGAAUAAGAUAAAAGCUGUCGGUUCCAGCAUAAAUGGGGGGCACGUUAAGUUCGACGCCACUGAGAAAGAUACAGAAACAGGAUGGUCAAACCCGACCAGCAUCAGCUUCCCGCUAGAUUUCAAAGAGAAAAGGCUGCGGCUGGUCAACCGUUAUGACGUGUUAGGCGAAAUGCCGUAUGUCGUCAGAUCCCUCGUGGAAAAUCUUGCAAACGUCAAACCAUUCAUCUACCAGUACUGUCAAGAUUCAGAAUAUAACGGUGAGAGUGGCAUAUCGAUCAUUGAGAGUACAUUCAUCAGCUAA